AUGGCCAGGUCCCCUCCCCCAUCUCCUACCGCCUCCGCUAAGGCUAGGGUUGCCGCCCAGCCGAAGCCGCCGCCGCUGCCGCCAAAGCCAAGGCGGAUCGCCGCGCCGCCCGCGAGGCUGCCCGCACUCGCCUUGCCCAGGCGGAGGAAGAGGCUGCCGCUGCUGCUCGGGAGCGCGAUGCGGCUGUUGCUCGCGAGUCUGAUCUCCGUCGUCCUCGACGUUUCCUCCGGCAACUACACUCGUUGGCGUGACCAGUUCCUGCUCACUGUUGGGAAAUUCUCCCUUCAGGAGCACGUCCUCCCCGCCGAUCCUGUCGCCACCUAUCCAGACUGGGCACGCAUGGAUUGCGUUGUCAAGUACUGGAUCCUCGGCACGAUCUCGGACAACCUCGCCGACACCAUCUCCUCGCGUGGCUCCACUGCUCAUGACACCUGGGUCGCCAUCGAGUCCCAGUUCCUAGGCAACCGCGAGACUCGAGCACUCUACCUCGACACCCAGUUCCGCGGCUUCGUCCAAGGUGAUCUCUCCAUCACUGACUACUGCAGGCGUCUGAAGCGUAUGGCGGACGACCUCGGCGACCUUGGCGAGACGGUCACCGAUCGCACGCUCGUCCUCAACCUCAUCCGAGGCCUCAACGAGCACUACGCCAACAUCGCUCACCCUAAGGCACCAGGCUCCACGCCCACCGCCCUCGUCGCCUCACACGCUUCCGCCCCUGCCCCGGCGUCGGCAGGGGGCGACAGUGUAGGCGGUGGCAGUGGGGGCUCCGGGGGCGCCAACCCCAAGGCGCCCAAGAACCGCCGCAGCAAGCGCGGCAGCAAGAAGGACACCACUGGCGGCAACCAGGGCGGCCAAGGCUCCUCAGGCGGGAAAGGUGGCCAGUCUUGGCCCUCUUUCUGGAACCCCUGGAUCGGGUCCAUCCAGAUGUGGCCCGGUUCCAGGCCUCCCCUCGCGCCGAUUCCUCAGCCUCGGCCUGCUCAGCACCAGCAGCAGCACCCCCAGUACCAGCAGCAAGCGCUGCUAGCCUACCAGCAGGCGCUGCUGUCUCAGCAGCAGCAGCAGCCGCCUACUCCCUCCAGCGUCUCCACCGCCUUUGGACAGUGGGCGCCUCCGUCACCGGGCUUCUACAACCUGCUUGCUGGUCUCCCUGCCUGGGACCAGCAGUCGCUUGCUUCAGCCAUCAGCACUACUACGCUGAACCUGCCACAGAACACUGACUGGAAGCUGAUCGUCAAGUGCAAUAGCUCCGAGGCCCUCUACCCACUGCACCUUCCUGCUACUCACUCCCUAGUCGCCUCCACCUCCCCCUCGCUGUGGCACCAUCGCCUUGGACAUCCCGGUCAUGACGCUCUCGCCAAGCUUGCCUCCACUCUUCCGGCGUGCCCUAGUGAUGGCGCCUCCACCCUGUGA